GACCGACCCAUUUGAUACGCAAGAAAGGUCCAACUUCUCAGUGUCUUUUUCCAGUCAAAAUCAAUUCAUUUUCACUAGUAAACGAGGCACAGUCUACACGCACUAAUUCAUGGCCGUUCCUUCACAACUUUUACGGCAUGAACGGUUGUCUCCCUCUCUCUCUCUCAGGACUUUUGUGUCUUUGGGUUGUUGGACAAGGUAGAAAGACUGACAUAAACGGAAGUCAUUGUGACAAUAACAUCCUAAUGAUGUUUCCUUGCUGAUUCUUGAGUUUCAUAUGCUGGAGAAAGGGUGUUCUACGUUCAGUGUUCCCCUGUUUUUAUCUUUUCCCUUUAUCUUUUUCUCUCUUCGUAUAGGUAGUUUUGAAACAGCAUACUGAUGUCAGGUAUCUCUGAAACCAUUUUCUCUACUGUGUAUGUCCUAAAUCUUCUUUAUAUUUAAUGUAUAACACAGAUUAGAUUCCUGGGUUUCAAAUUUUUUGGGGUCUUUAAAGGAUUUAAGGCUAGCGUCUGUAACAUCCUGGUAUAUUUCAGGCUUCUGGAGUUGUUACGGUUGUUGUUUCGUGAGACAUAUCUUGUGUAGGAAUGUUUUUCUUUAAAUGGAUUUUUCUUCGGUUGGAUUGGGUCUUUUCUGUGAAUGAAAAUUGUUUUUCUUUUGGUUUUUGUGCCAUUGGAACUUAAGUUUUGUUGAUUGUGUAUAUUAUUGCUCCAAUUUCGUGAAAGCCCCUUUCUUUGUAUAAUAGUUUUUUUUCCCAACAAAUAACCCUUAUUUGUAUAAUUGCUAAUAGGGUUUUGAGUUAUUUUAUUUUUAGACCUCCAUAAUGAAUAUUCCCACGCAAAUGGUGUUGAAUGGAAAAUAUUUUGCCGUUCUUGCCCACACUUUGAUCUUGUAUGUGGGGGUCGUUUUUUUGAGUGGUAGUUCAAGUUUUGCCGAUGAGAGUAAUAUUUACUGCUUGCAAACCAUCAAAGAGUCUCUUGAAGACCCUUACAACUACUUGAGCUCUUCAUGGAAUUUUGAAAACAAUACUGAGGGAUUCAUUUGUAAGUUCGACGGCGUGGAGUGUUGGCAUCCUGAUGAGAACAGAGUUCUAAAUAUUCGCCUUUCAGACAUGGGUCUUAAGGGCAAGUUUCCCCGUGGCAUCGAGAAUUGCACAAGCUUGACAGGCCUCGAUCUUUCUAGCAACAAGCUAUCAGGGUCCAUCCCUAGUGAUAUAUCAGAUAAACUCCAAUUUGUGACAACCCUAGAUCUCUCAUCCAACAGUUUUUCGGGUGAAAUCCCAUUAAGUCUUGCGAAUUGUACUUACUUGAAUGUGCUUGAACUCGAUCACAACCAAUUGACGGGUAUGAUCCCACUUCAACUUGUCCUGCUUAAUCGGAUCAAGAAAUUUAGUGUGUCCAACAAUCUCUUGUCAGGUCGUGUCCCUAACUUUGGCUCUACUGUAACUGCGGAGAGCUAUGCGAAUAAUCUAGGACUCUGUGGGGGGCCACUGAAAGCCUGCCAAGAUACUACCAAAAAAUCACAUAUUGGAAUAAUUGCUGCAUCAGCAGUUGGUGGUGUGACUUUUACAUCUAUUGCUGUUGGUAUCAUUCUCUACUACCUUUCACGUGGAGUAGCUGGAAAGAAGAAGGAAGAUGACCCUGAAGGUAACCAAUGGGCAAAGAUUCUGAAAGGAACGGAAGGAAUCAAGGUUUCAAUGUUUGAGAAGUCAGUCUCAAAAAUGAGGUUGAGUGAUCUCAUGAAGGCAACUAACAGCUUUAGCAAAAGCAAUAUCAUUGGAACGACAAGAACUGGAACUAUGUACAAAGCAUUGCUUCCUGAUGGUUUUACGCUAAUGGUUAAGAGGUUACAAGACUCUCAACACCUAGAAAAAGAAUUUGUGUCUGAAAUGAAUACUCUGGGGAGUCUGAAGCACCGUAACUUGGUUCCCUUGAUGGGCUUUUGUAUGGCAAAGAGGGAGAGACUUGUGGUAUACAAAUAUAUGGAAAAUGGGACACUUUAUGAUCAAUUACAUUGUACAGAACCUGAGGCCAGGACUAUGGACUGGCCCAUGAGGCUCAGAAUUGGGAUUCAAGCAGCUAGAGGUUUGGCAUGGCUUCACCAUAACUGCAACCCACGUAUUAUACAUCGGAACAUAAGCUCCAAAUGUAUACUUUUGGAUAAGGAAUUUGAGCCCAAGUUAUCUGAUUUUGGCCUUGCAAGGCUUAUGAACCCAAUUGACACCCAUUUGAGUACUUUUGUCAAUGGGGAGUUUGGGGAUUUGGGUUAUGUUGAUCCUGAGUAUCUGCGAACAUUAGUUGCUACCCCAAAAGGGGACGUGUAUAGCUUUGGAGUUGUUCUGUUGGAAUUGAUUACAGGUGAGAAACCAACCCAUGUGGUUAAUGCCCCAGAGGCCUUCAAGGGAAGUUUAGCAGAAUGGAUUACUGAUCUAUCAAGUAAUUCUCUUCUCCAAACUGCCAUUGAUAAGUCUUUGCUUGGAAAGGGUAUUGAUAACGAGCUCACACAAUUUCUUAAAGUUGCUUGUAAUUGUGUGUUGCCAACUGCAAAGGAGAGACCUACUAUGUUUGAAGUGUAUCAGUUUCUUAGAGCUAUUGGGGAGAAGUACCAUUUCACAACUGAUGAUGAGAUCUUAAUGCCAUCUGAUUGCACCGAUGCUAAUUGUCUGGAUGAACUUAUCGUUGCUCGAGAAACAACUCAAACCCAUUGAAAGACAGAUUUCUUUUUGCUUGAGAUAUCAUAGUUUGGUCCCAUAUGACAGGUACCUGUUUGAUAUAUGAUAGUGAUAGCUAUAAUGACUAGUGACGAUAUUAAGCAUUUAGGCAAGAUAAUACAUAGCAUUUGACGCCCGUUGUGCCGCUACCUUUGUUUGAACCACCAAUUGUAUAUAGAUUUAAUUCUGUGCUGUAAUAUCAAGAUAGUGUUGGCUCU